CACUAGAAACAAAGACUUUCCCCACCUUGCACCUUUAUAAACUGACACUAAAAGCUAAGCUGGUACACACAAACCAAGACUCGACAAUGAAUGCUGUUUACGUAUCUGCUGUUCUUUUGGCCGUCACUAUUGGAAGUCAUGCGUCUCUUACCAAUCGAGAUGCCGAAAAGCCUGGGAUUGAAAGCUGGAAAGAAAAGGUUUCAAGAAUUAUUCAACUGUCGGAGAAAGGUAUAGAUGCCAAUAAUCUGAAAGCUCUAUCUCUGGACCUGGCCGAGUCAGUUGAAGCUGAACUUGCUAACAAAGGAAGUAAAGUCUCUAUUGAUGAAGCCAAAGCAAUAAUUAUGGAACUGAUCGAACUAACGGGAGAUAUUUCACUUGAAGAACUAUUGGCUGCUCCAGUAACCAUUGAUGCAAGUAAAAUUUCAAUGGCAUUCAAACUAUUGCGCAAACUACUGGAAAAAGAAACUGCUCUUGAAGCCGAAGACAAAUCGACCACUGGAGUGCUCUCAGCAAUAUCGUUGAUAUCCAGAGCCAUCGCUUCAGGUGUGGAUGAGUUGGUGCUGCACCUUGGACGCAACCACGGCAUUGAGCGAAGGAUAGCUGCCUCAGAUGGUCCCGUCAUUAUUAUUAUUGUAACAUAAAGAUUUACUGGAAUAAAUUAUAAAGAGUACAUAAAAA